CACGAUUGGAGGUUGAGCCCCAUGCGGAGCAUAUGUUUUUGUGCCCUGUCACAUCGCCGCCGCCGCCGCCACCUUUCCGCAUUCAAACAGGCUGCAGUGAUUGUUUUAUAUCGCAGCGUCCUAGUCGACAAAAGCUUGCAGCAAACUUUUAAUGAAAGCGUUUGGCUAGAGCAGGAUUGUUUUAGUUUCAAAACAUCAUUCGACCGACGCGGUUUCGUUGGAGUUUUUAUGAUUGGCAUGAAGUGGCUGUUGUUUAUUUUCUCGAAUGCGCUACCGAGACCUAGUCUGUGGAUUUAGAUAAUGCUUCGGUGAAUGUUUGAAUCGCAUGUGAAGCGAUGGAAGGUCACUCAAACUGCAUGUUUUUGUUGUGAUAGAUGCUUCAGAAUUGUGCACGGAUAUAUCCUGUUGAAUGUUCCGGCUCGAGUUUUUUUGCGAUGCAUGAGCAGGUUAUGUGAGAUGUGCAGUGAAUAGUGCAAAAAAGUGACGGAAAACAACGUGAUGAUGUGAUGCGAAUGACGAUGUCAGGAUUCGGAAAAGACACGUGCGGAUCCGGAUAACAGAAUGGUUCGCAGACAGCAAAGUUUAAUUUCGCUUUUUUCGGAGGGAAGAGAAACAUGAAAAGGGAUUAAGUCAUCCGUUAAGUGAGAACAAAUACUGGAUAUGCGAAAAAAGUUUACCGAAAAUUGGAUAAAUUGUUCAACGUAAUUUAAAAGUUUCGUGGCACUUACACAUGUAGGAGACUGAGCGUUACUGAAAUGCGAUUGGCGCAAAAUAACACACGAUAUGUAAAUGAAUGAAAAGUGAAAAGUACGAUCAAUUGUUCAUUUAAAGCUGUUAAAAGUUAUAUCGACAAUGCUCUUGUAUGUCUGAAACAAGCCAAGAAAUUUUCUAAUUUGAGCUACAGUGGUAUUAUAUUGUGGAAUUUCCAGGACGUUAGAUUGGUGAAACAUGCAGACUCCAUACAGUAGUUGUAGCAUGUUGAAGUGAACGAGUGCAAUUAGAAAUCUGUUCUUCAUGAAGCAACAACAAGGUCGGUAGAUAAUGGUAGCAUCUGCUUCAAUGUCUCAUUCAACACAUCAACUUCUAGCCUCACGUCCGCAUAGUCCCGUGAUGAAAAUAUAGUUCCCAGUGCAACGAAGUGAGUGGGAUUCAGGUUUUGGUUUCAGUAGAAAGCCGGAGAAAUACCGAAACCUCCUACAGUAUGGCCACCUUCAAUCCAGCUUACGUUCCCGACAGCCCGCAGGAUUUCAGUACCGAACAGUAUGAAAACCAUUUCCACCGGAAGAGACGAAACUCACCAGAAACAGGGUCUACGGACCACUGCACUUCAAUGGCUCGGGUGGGAACUAAUCCGGAGAAACACAUAAAACGUAAUCAACGGGACAAAUGGGGCAAGGAUAUUGAAUUCCUGCUUUCCUGCAUUGCCCUGUCGGUGGGACUGGGUAAUGUUUGGCGCUUCCCAUUUACGGCGCUGGAAAAUGGCGGUGGAGCAUUCGUGAUCCCCUAUCUGAUUGUGCUGCUGCUGGUAGGACGACCGAUCUAUUAUCUGGAAAUGUUAAUCGGACAAUUCUCCAGCCGGGGUUGUAUCGAGGUGUACGACGCAGCACCGGCCAUGCGUGGUAUCGGUUAUGGUCAGACCUAUUCCACGUUUAUCGUGAUGACCUAUUAUGCAUCGUUGAUGGGGCUUACGACGCGGUAUCUGAUUGCCUCGUUCGGAAAUCCACUACCCUGGAGUAAGUGCAAACCAGAUUGGAAUGCGACCUGUGUGGAUUCGAGGAUGGCGGUUAGUUUUGCGGAGAACAUUACUGCGACCAAAGUGUCCUCAGCGGAACUGUUUUUUGUAAAUGACGUCCUCAAAGAAGUAACUUCCAUCGACAACGGUAUUGGAAGCCCCGACUGGAAACUUGUACUGUGUCUUCUAUUUCCCUGGAUCUGCAUCUGUUUGACGCUGAUGCGAGGCAUCAAAAGCUCGGGAAAGGCCGCCUACUUUCUGGCAAUUUUUCCGUAUGUAGUGAUGAUCUUAUUAUUAAUUCGAGCAUGUACUCUGGAAGGGGCCGGUACCGGAAUGCUGUACUUUAUCAAACCACAGUGGGACCGAAUCUUCGAGGCCAAGGUUUGGUACUCGGCCGUCACACAGAUGUUCUUCUCGCUGACCGUAUGCUUCGGAAACGUCAUCAUGUACUCGUCGUAUAAUCGGUUCUCCAAUAAUGUAUACAGAGAUGUUACGGUCGUUACUAUUCUGGACACUGCUACUUCAAUGCUAUCCGGACUGAUAGUUUUCGGUGUCAUUGGACAUUUAGCUCAUGUGAUGGGCGUCGACGACAUUCGCAGCGUAGUGCGUGGUGGUGCCGGUCUAGCCUUCAUAACAUAUCCCGAUGCUAUCGCCAAGUUUAGAUUUUGGCCGCAGUUCUUUGCGGUAGCCUUCUUCCUGAUGCUGUUUGUUUUGGGGAUUGGCAGUAAUGUAGGAAUGGCAACCACCAUCAUGGCCGUGAUUAGGGAUCGGUUUCCUCAGUUGAAACCUUCGCUAGUGGCGUUUGUGAUAGCGAUCGCUGGAUUCGGAAUUGGCACAAUCUACACAACUCCCGGGGGACAAUUUCUGCUGGAUUUUCUGGAUUUCUAUGGGGCAUCAUUCGUUGCCUUGGUGCUGGCCGUAUUCGAGAUUAUCACCUUUUCCUGGAUUUAUGGAGUUGCUCGAAUUUGCAGGGAUAUUGAGUUCAUGCUGGGAAUUAAAACCGGGCUGUAUUGGAGGAUAUGUUGGGCGUUUAUUACUCCUGUCAUGCUGGCCGCUAUUCUGAUUUACCACAUGGCGACCUACACUGCUUUCACCUUCCAUGGAUACGUUUUUACGGACGGGAUGUACGCAUUCGGAUGGUGCGUUUUCGCUGCUGGUGUGCUUCAGCUUCCGGCUUGGGCAGUUUACACUUUGAUGAAGCGGAAAGAGCCGCGAUGGCGGGACCAGCUAACAAACUGCUUCAAACCAACCUCCGAUUGGGGUCCAGAGGAUCCCGAAUUGAACAUCAAAUAUCACGAAAUGGAGCACAAAUAUCAACAGACACUGCCCGUUCAACGAAGCAUUUUUAGAAAAGCAAUCGACAAUGUCUUCCAUUGAUGGAUACAUGAAUUUCCAUGGAAACUAAUAAGUACAAUUUAAAAUAGGUAUUAGCGGAACAUAUCGUGUUUAAGUAUUUUUGUAUUUAAGAAAAAAAAAAUGAAAGUAAAAUCAAUUGAAAUGAACGUCGAUCAAAUCACAUUGUUGUGUGUCAUCUCAGGGAUACUUUAACUGAUACAAAACUUAAAGUUGAAGCUAAAGCUACGAAUUCCAGAAGUUUUUGGAACAAACUAAACUAGUAAUCGAAAGGAAAAGGUUGAAGUCCAUUGGAGGGAUCAUUUGGUUUAUUGCAUCCAUGUGAAAAGUUAUAAUUUUAAAUAUUAUAUAACCGAAUCCUAGAAUGCCCGGAACCAAUCUUUAAAUAUCCGCAUGUGUCCGACAUCCAAUACAUUAUUCGUUGUGUCGAGUAUUCUGGAUAAACAUGGUCUUGAGAACCAGGUUCACGAGUCCCCGGAAUCGAUUUACAAGUGUCUUCAUGAGUUCGUAUUCGAGUUCGUAUUUUCUCGUACUUCAGCACAUUUCUCAAAUAUCAUAGAUUGUUGAUAUACCGCAUGGCAGGAAUACUGAGAAACAGGGCUAUAGAGAGAAAUUACCGGUCCGAGGAGUCUAGCAUAGAGGCCCCUCCAUCAUUGUAGAUUUUUCGACAUAGAAACGGUUAAGCUCGAAAUCUAUUGGAAAAAAAUAGUUCUCUACUAAUGUGUAUCGUGCAUAGAAACUUUUGUGGAGAACUAUAGCAGAAUGCAUUUAGUGGUGUUAAUUUAAAUAGUUUUGUUCAUUUCCAAGGAUGCUAAGGUCAUUUUUUUCCUCGUUUAUUCUCUGUCGGUCUCUGUCCGCACUGAGUGCCUAUAACCGACACCAGAGAGGUGAUUCCACAACUAGAUAUCAGUCCAUGAGCACAUGGACCAGGACGAACGGUUUUACUGCCCUUGCGAAAGAAGACGUGAAACAUAGUUUUCAUCUCACAAAAUCACAACGACCACGAUUGAACCCAGACCUACUGAUAAAAAUUUGGUCAAGAUAAUAUUUUUUACACAAAAUAUUUUUUUGCAUAAGUUCAAUUGGUAUAAAAUAUAGAAAAAUAUUCAGCUAAGCUUCCAUUCGAGAGUCUUUUAACUACUGCCAUCAAAUUUUGUACAGUCACCUCGUCCACUUUGUUCGCCACAUCCAGUUUUGAACGUCUUCGGGUUCCCCUUGACGAUGGACCAAUAUUCCUCGUUUGGGUCGAGCUCUAGUGUUUUGGGAGGGUUCGUGUCCUUCGGUGCCACCUAAACAUGGUUGGCGUCAUACCCUUACAUACAAUUUUUUCGGAAUGGCUGGAUUCAAAAUCCAGCCAAAAUAACAGGGACCAAACGUGUUGCUUCAUGAAAAGUAGCAGACGUUUUUUCAUGCGCUCUUUCACGUAAAUUUUCUGGUUGGAGUUCUCGCUUUUCAAACCACAGGUACAGACAGCCUGCCAAAGCAGAUAGUUCUGUGCGAACCUCGACAACUUCAUACGCGUCAAAAUAUCGGCCACUUCCGGGAACCCUUCCGGUUGCCAUUACGCUGGUGGCAGACGGCGCGCUAGUUGUUCAGAUUCAGGCGAUACGCGAGCAAAAUUUUACUGUGUUGCAUAUUCGGCAAACAGCCAAAUGAGACUUUGUAGAUUUUUGAAUGUCGUGCAAAGAAAUCAAAUUUUGAUGUUGAGACCUACGAAAUUUUUAGUGGCUUUGCAAGGAGCCGAUUUAUCAAUAAUUCAUAUUUAUGCAGAAUUCGUUAAAAAACAAAAAGAACAUUCAAUGCAGGAAGCAUUUAUGAAGAGAAAAAAGUAAGGAAUAAGCCAGAAAAAAUUACUAAAUAGAUAAAAAUGAGACAAAAAUGGGAAUGCUGAAAAAUGACACCUAAAAUAAUAGAAAAAUUCUAAAAUUCGUAAACAUAUGCAAAUAGUAAAAAACCUAACAAUAUCAAAAACAAAAAACCUGUUUUAAUCCACCUAGCGGUGCAAUUUGCCUUUCCCAUUUCUCCAAACUAUGAUUUAAUAGCUGGUUCGUACAAUAUAACAUUAUGGAAAUGUCUUUCAUUCUUAUUACACUUGGUAAGUAUAUAUAAGAGCACCUUUUUGCAUUCAUCGCGGUGUCGGUUUGAAUCGGAGUUUUCUAUGUGAUCGCACUCCACAACCCGUAACUCCGGAGCCGGAAGUCGGAUGGAGAUGGAAUUUAAUAUUGGUUUCCGGGGACGCAACACCUUUCAUUUGAGACUAAGUUGAUUAAAUCGGUCUAGCCAUUUUCGAGAAACCAAUAUAACCGUUAUUCUGAAUUUGGAUGCUUCCGGAUCCGUCGAUGGUGGCCAGUGUGGCCAAAGAGACUUUGAAUGACUGUUAGUGACCUAGAUCUACAAAUUCAACAAAUGUGUUUACAUUUUGGAAAAAAAAAUCACCUUUUUACAUUCAUCGCAGAAUUCGUAGAAUCGGGAUUUGCUGCAUGAUCGUACGUAUCACCCUGUAAUUCAGGAACCAGAGCUCGGAUCCACAUAAACUUCAACAGCAGCUGAUGGACCUUUCAUUUAAAAUCAAGUUUGUCAAAAUCAGGUCAGAAAAUUCCGAGAAACCGAUGUGGACAAAUCAACAAAUUUUGUUUUGUAACCAUACGUUUAAACUCGUAAUCCGGAACAAGAUGUCGGUUGAAAAUGAAAUUCAAUAGCAACCUAUGGGAAUAUUAUACUUUUCAUUUGAAUCUUAGUUUGUAAAAAUCGGUUCAGCCAUCUCCGAGAAACCGAUGUGGACAUUUUGUUAACAAAUCCGCACAUACACACAUACAUACAUACAUACAAACAUACACACAGAUAUUUUGCGAUCUCGGCGAACUGAGUCGAAUGUUAUAUGAGACUCGGCCCUCCGGGCCUCGGUUAAAAAGUCGAUUUUUACAGUGAUUGCAUAGCCUUUCUUUAUAUGAGAAACGAAAAAAAAAAUGUAAAAAACGAAGAAAAAACAGAAAAUAGACAAAAUUAAUAGAUUGGAAGAGGUAAAUUUUGAAAGCCUGUAAACAAUUUGAAAAAAUAAUAAGAUAAAAUUUAUUGAAUAAUUAAAACAAUUAAAUUAAACGGAGGAAAUAAAGUGGGAAAUAAGACAAAAAUUGCAGAUAUAAAAAAUAUUGCUAUGGUAAAAUAGUGAAAAAUGAGUAUACGGCAAAAUGAAAAAUAAUAUAUCAUAAGCAUGAAAUAUAGCAAAAAGGGCAAAAGGAAGAAAAAUCAAUGCAACGAAAAAUAUAAAAACAAAGCUACAAAAAUGUAAACAAGUAUUGAAAUGAACAAAAUCGAUCCAGACGUAGAAAUAACAUUAAUACAAAAUGUUUAAAACAUAAAAAUUGGUAACAAAAGAAAAAAAUGGAAGGAAAGAGAACUGGGAAACAGAAAAACACGAAAAACGUUUGAAAUAUAAAAAUUGGUAACAAAAUAAAAAAUGGAAAAAAAAUGAAAACAGGAAACAGAAAUAAAUGGGAAAAAUUGGAUGGAAUAGAUUGAAUAAAAAAUAGAAAACAGUGUUCCCAAAUUUUAUGUAGAAAUAGCCCAAAAUACACAAAAGUGUAAUCAAAGGAAAUAUUUAAAAUCAAAAUGGAUAAAAUGUGGGUAAAAAUCAAAAUGCUAGAAGAAAUGGAAAAAAAUAAAAAUAUUACAAUAGAGAAUGAUAAGAGAAAAUUUUAAAAAUAAAUGGGUUAAAUAAUAAAAUAAAAGUAGAAAACAUUUAGAAUUAAAGGCAAAAGGACCAAAAUAAAACACUGGCAAAAAUGUUCAAAUGAGAAAAUGAAUAAAAUAAAAAACAUGAAAUCCAAAAUUGUUUUAAUGGGUAAAAAAAGAAAAUUAUAAAGGAAAUGGAACAUAACAAUAAAGAAAAAUGGAAGAAUAUUGAAAAAAUCCAUGCAAAACAAAAGUAUAAAAUUAAAAACUGAUAAAUGGAGAAUAUAAAAUUCACAACUCAACAAAAACUAAAACGAAAGCCACAAAAAAUAUUUUAAAAGAGAAACCUGAAAGUGAAAAAUAUGGAAAAAGGGCGGAUAGAGAAAGUAUUACAGUAGAUUUAUUGAAAAAUGAAAAAAACGAGAAAAUAAUAUAAAAUAAAAUUUUAAUGAAAUAAAUCAAAAUCAAAAUAUUAUGAACAAACGGACACAAAACAAACCAAUAAAAUGAUAGAUAAAACGAAAAAAAACACGAAAAGAUUAAACCAAUUGACAAAAAGGUGCAAAGGAACCCGGAGCUAUUCGAACCUACCUUAGCAAAUCGCCUUUUUAGGUAGCCAAAUGUGAAAUAAUUUAUCGAUUAAUGGUCCUAAUUGUAAGUUUAAACCUCAACUACAAUUUGGAACCACAAAAAUUAAUCUGCUUUUGAUUCAAGUGAUAUUCUAAUUGAGAUAAACAUAUAUUUGUUUCCAACAUGCUGCCAUUUCAGAAUUUAGACAAGCUAUCCUAAUUAAAUCACACCAACUCUAAUUGCAUUUUCAAACAAUUAAUGUUAUUGAAAUAAAUUUGUCAAAAUCUUUCCUUCUGUUUAAACCUCGGGCCCCUCUAUAACUCCGGGCCCGGGGAGAAACAACCCGCUCCCCUCCCCUCUCGACCCUAUUUAGGAAUAAUUUCUUCUGUCCAGGAAACCGAAUUCCGAAAUUUUCUGAAUCGAUCAAUAAAUCAAUAAAUAAAUAAGUGGUUCAAAUAUAAAAUCAGCAUACGUAGAGUAAGUUUGUGAAGAGCAACUUUUGGGAGCCUCUCAGAAAGUGAUCAAUUGGUGUCACGCUCAUGUGAAUUCUGGAUAAAACUUCAACUCGAAUAUUUACAUAGAGGGCCACCUUGGGGAGUCUUCGGCAAAUUGAUACAGUUUUACAAUCCAAAAAAUGUUCUGGAACAUUUAUAUAAUAGAAAAAAUCUAGAAGAAAACUUAUGAUGAAGAAACUGUCUUUAAGGGGCCUUUCACAAAUAAUGUCCCAUAUCUCAGAAAGAUUAAAAGAUAGAGAGCCUUCAGGCAAAAUAUUUGUAACAAGUUUCUCUACUACUUUGCUGAAGUAAGUAUUUGUCUAUCUGAAUUUUUGAAGAAAAUAAAUUUCGUAACUCACUAUUAGGGAGAUUAAUAAUUGAUUCAAUAAGAGGGAAAGAAGGGAAGUUCUAUUCCAAGAAACUAUCUCGAAGACAUCACAUUGCUAAAGCCAAUAGUUUUGACGCAAUCUAAAAAAAACCCUGUUUUGCUCUUUGGAUCCACUGGGCCUUACGAGUCUUAAAAAAUCCAACGAUCUUACACUUCUAUGGGGCACUUUUCCUACAAAGAAGGGUCUGGAAAUAUUUCGCCAUUUUGAAAGGGUAUUGAUUAGAGUGGCUCGAAUAUGACAGUUUUCAGCACAGAACUUGUUGAGUUCCUUUUGUGGUCCCAAAUGCCUGUGCAAAGUUUGAGAGCGGUCGGUUGCUUCCCGGGUUUGCGCAUUGCGUUCAAAGUUUGUAUGGGAUUUUAUAUGGGAAAAUCAAUUAUUUUGCAUUUACGUUAAUAAAGAUCGCUAUUUCAUUCAAUAUGAAAAAUCAGCUUUAUAAGCGUUGGUUAACAACAUUGUCGAAGACGGUAACUAGCUACGAGUUUUCAAAAAAUAGUUGUAACGAUUUUAGAACUUAUGGUUCAAUCCAAAUGUAGAAAUUCAUUAUUUCUUCCAACACUGUCAGUAUACCGCCGACACUGAUACUUUAAAUUUAAAUAAAUGAGAAUAUAGACUUGAUACCUUUGAAAUGUUCAGAUUUAAUUGCUGAAUAACAUAGACGUAGUCAGAAAAUAAAAAGAAGAGGAGGUGUGGCUUGUGUACUCCCCAGUCCUCUUUUUAGAUAGUUUAUUAUAACAUAAGGAGCACAUUCUCAACGUAGGUUUAUACCGUUUAAUUAAAUAUUAAUCUUACGUGUUUUAGGGCUACUAUUUAAGGGCUCUGCUGUUAUCUCAUUUAAAAUGGUACAACGGCUUAUAAGUUUUACAUUUUUUAAAACCCUAUUUCUUAGCUGUUCAGAGUCAGAAUUUAAAAAAAAACCUGUUUUAAUCCACCUAGCGGUGCAAUUGUGCCUUUCUCAUUUCUCUAAACUAUGGCACGGAGGCUUUUUAUGUUCAACAUAAUUGUGGAAAUGUCCAUUACAUUCUUAGUACACUUUGCACUUAUACACAAUGGCAUGCCAGCCACGAACUUGAUGAGCUACGUGUCGACGGUGAAACACUUGAAACAAAAAAAUAUCA